GUCCGGCGGGGUUCCCGCCUCGGGCCGCCGGGGAGCCCACGUCGGCGUCGGGGGCGCCCCCUGGAGGAUUUGGGGAGGGGGAAGGAAGAAGAGACUAUUAUUGAGUUGGAUGAUGUCGGGGGUGCGGGAAGUGUGUGGACAAGCAGGCGUCGGCAAAAUGGGUUCAGAGAGUAGUUAUUGAAAUGGAGAAUAUUCAUUGGAUCAAUUUCAAGACAAAUAUUCCAAGUCAGACUGGCUGCUGCCGAGCAAAUUUUUAACGAAGGAAAACAUCCAUAUACUGAAAUCGGACUUUAAGAAGGAAAUCCUAAAAAUAUAUUUAUACUGUGAAAUCUAGAAAAAUGGAGUCACGAAUCGCACUGAACCAAAAAACGUCCAGCAUUUUCUUCAGUUACAGGCAAAAUGAAUAUUCCCAUGCUGCUCCAACAUCCUCACCGGGACUUCCUUAAAGUCCUUUUAAGAACACUUUUCCGACGUUACCACUUCAUCGUACCCUCAAGUACUCACCUCAGGUCAGGAAUCCCAUGUGCUCAGCCAGUCAGUGCUCUCGGACUCCAUCAUGCAAAGUGGAUGCUGCCGUCACAUGGUUUAACGAGAACAUUAUGUCUACAAACAACCUUAAAGGAACAAACAGAAGGACUUUCUGAUAAAGAACAAAAGCUUGUGGCUGAGCUUUAUACUGGUUUAAUCCAAGGGCAAAGGGCCUGCUUGGCAGAGGCCAUAACUCUUAUAGAAUCAACUCACAACAGGAAGAAAGAGUUAGCCCAGGUGCUUCUUCAGAAAGUGUUGGUCCACCACAGAGAACAAGAAAAAUUAAAAGGAAAACCACUAGCAUUUCGAGUGGGAUUGUCUGGGCCUCCUGGUGCUGGGAAAUCAACCUUUAUAGAAUAUUUUGGAAAAAUGCUUACUGAGAGAGGUCACAAAUUAUCUGUGCUGGCUGUGGACCCUUCUUCUUGUACUAGUGGUGGAUCACUCUUAGGUGAUAAAACCCGAAUGACUGAGUUAUCAAGAGAUAUGAAUGCGUACAUCAGGCCAUCUCCUACUAGAGGUACUUUAGGAGGUGUGACAAGGACCACAAACGAAGCUAUUCUGUUGUGCGAAGGAGCCGGAUAUGACAUAAUUCUUAUUGAAACCGUGGGUGUGGGGCAGUCGGAGUUUGCCGUUGCUGACAUGGUUGACAUGUUUGUUUUACUACUGCCACCAGCAGGAGGAGAUGAAUUGCAGGGUAUUAAAAGAGGUAUAAUUGAGAUGGCAGAUCUGGUCGCUAUAACCAAAUCUGAUGGAGACUUGGUCGUGCCAGCUCGAAGGAUACAAGCAGAGUAUGUGAGCGCGCUGAAAUUACUCCGCAGGCGUUCAGGAGUCUGGAGACCAAAGGUAAUUCGUAUUUCUGCCAGAAGUGGAGAGGGGAUCACUGAAAUGUGGGAUACAAUGAAAGAAUUCCAGGAUGUGAUGCUUGCCAGUGGGGAGCUGACUGCCAAGCGACAGAAGCAGCAGAGAGUUUGGAUGUGGAACCUCAUUCAGGAAAAUGUGGUAGAACAUUUCAGGACCCACCCCACAGUCCGGAAACGGAUUCCUCUCCUGGAAGAAAGCGUUCUCAGUGGGGCCCUGUCCCCAGGCCUAGCGGCAGACCUGUUGUUGAAAGCUUUUAAAAGCAGAGACUAAUGAAGUGCAUCCUAUCCAAUAACUUUAUAUAUCUUUUCAUAUACAUAAAGUUAUUGGGUAGGAUGCACUUCAUUUUAAUAAAGUAUUUUAAUAUUAAAAGUCACUUGUGUGCUUAUAUUUUCAGUAGUUCUCUUGUGGUGCCCUCGGCCUCCUUAUCUGUGAACUGCGCUUGGAAAGUGGAAGAGCGUUAGAUAUGGAUGGCAGAGGUCAGGCAGUCAGCAGCAUUUGUAAGGUAACUGCUGUACGUUACUCAGCUCCAUUGCUUUCUGUUCUUAUACGUGGUGGACUGUAGGAUGGUGUCUUCUCGUCAGUCACGAGCAGAGAAAGCUGAGGAGGACAGAAAAAGACCAUGUACCUUAAAACGCUUUCUUUGAUUCUCUAUUCUCUGAGUUUCCAGAGAAAAUGUAAGCAAGAGUGACCACAUUUUUGAAGUCUUACUUGAGGCUAGAAUAAUACACAGUGGGUUUCUAAGAGCUGAAAAUCGUGAUCGACAUUUAGUAUGCCAGACUACCUAGGAAUUCCUGAAAUGGCCGUGUCCACGAGUAACAAAACAGUUGGAAUGUGUAGGGAUGUGAACACAGUUUUACAGUCUGUCGUCUAGACUUGCGGACUCCCCAUGGUAGGUAGGAGAGCCCAAAGGGAACUGGGGAAGUCAGCCACAAAUAAUGUGGGUUGUAAUCAAAGGUGUUUGCUUCUCUUCCUUCUUGGCCAUUUGACUUCAUAUU